ACCCUGCAUUCACUAUAUCUGGUCUCCCCGGACCCUGCAUUCACUAUAUCUGGUCUCCCCGGACCCUGCAUUCACUAUAUCUGGUCUCCCAGAACCCUGCAUUCACUAUAUCUGGUCUCCCUGGACCCUACAUUCACUAUAUCUGGUCUCCCCGGACCCUGCAUUCACUAUAUCUGGUCUCCCAGGACCCUGCAUUCACUAUAUCUGGUCUCCCCGGACACUGCAUUCACUAUAUCUGGUCUCCCCGGACACUGCAUUCACUAUAUCUGGUCUCCCAGGACCCCGCAUGCACUAUAUCUGGUCUCCCAGGACCCUGCAUUCACUAUAUCUGGUCUCCCACAGUACACAGAACAUAGAAGUACAAUUAUUUUAGUAAAUAUAAACUGCUAAAUACCUUUUCUCAUCAGCAGUUAGAGCAGUCUUGAGACUUUUAUCAGUGUCCAGCAGAGCACUGGUUAAAGCUUGUAGGUGGA